AUGACAAGCCGCUCAUUUAACCAGUCAUUCCUUUCAAUUACUUUAACACAGGGCAGCACAGACUCGUUCCGCAAGGGCAGCAUCGAGACGAACUUUCAUAUAGAGGAAAAACAAGUUGCCGAAGAGCUCAAACCGGGAGAAAGAGCGCGCAUUUUGCGCAAGCUCGAUUGGCAUUUGUUACCGUUCGUGUCGUUAUUAUACAUGUUGUCAUUCUUAGACCGGGCCAAUGUCGGAAACGCGAAAGUCGCUGGCAUGUCUCAAGACCUGCAUUUGAUCGGCUUCAGGUACAACAUUGCUGCAGCCGUCUUUUUUAUACUGUAUAGCUUUGCCGAGGUCCCCUCGAACAUCGCCCUGAAGCUAUUCAGACCAUCGCGCUGGAUACCGACUAUCAUGAUUGCGUGGGGUCUCGUGAUGACCCUUAUGUGUCUCGUCGAUUCAUUUCGAUCUCUUGUCGUAGCUCGACUGUUCCUAGGCUUGACAGAAGCAGGUUUGUUCCCUGGAGUGACCUACUACAUCUCUCUCUGGUAUCCACGAUCUGAACAGUCCAAACGCAUUGCCAUAUUCUUUUCUGCAGCGACAGUCGCAGGCGCUUUUGGAGGACUCCUAGCGUAUGGUAUCGAGCAUAUGGAGGGCAUCGGAGGAUUGCAUGGUUGGCAAUGGAUUGUAUGUUUCCAUGUUUCCACCCUUCUCGUAGCGUGUCUCUCGUUUUUCUUGAUGCAUGACUAUCCCGAAACGGCCAAGUUUCUGACCGAGACAGAGAGAGCAUACGUGAUAGACAUGCUCAAACAGGAUGCUAAUAAUCUCGCCACCCACUACCACAUUCGUUUUGUCUUGCAGGCCAUGAAAGAUUACAAGACUUACAUUCAAGUUCUUAUCUACAUGGGACUGCUCGUCCCUGUUUAUGCCAUCGCCCUUUUUACGCCAACUAUCAUAAACGAGCUCGGCUAUUCUGCUGCCCAUGCUCAGUUGCUCUCAGCCCCACCAUUUCUCGCAGGAUGUAUUACCACAAUCUCAGUUGGAGUCUUGUCCGACAAGUAUCAAGUUCGUGGCCCAUUUAUCAUCGGUGGCGCCGUCGUGUCUAUUGUAGGAUAUAUCUUGCUUUAUUGUGAUGGACCAGCGGGCAUGUCGUAUGCUGGGGUUUGUCUAGCUGCUAUCGGUGUCUAUCCGACCAUCGCAGUCGACCUUGCUUGGGCAGGCUCGAAUGCAGGAGGCGACCUGAAGCGUGGAGUUGUGAUAGCGAUGGUCAUUGGCCUUGGAAAUCUGGGAGGCAUUUGCUCCUCAUUCAUUUACAUUGAUCCGCCGAAUUUCCACAUUGGGCACGGCACUAUGAUGGGAUUCCUCUUUCUCUCAAUUUUGCUGAGCCUGUUCGCUAUGUGGGACUAUGGCCGGCUUAAUAAAAAGAAGAAAGCGCAAUGUCAAGCGCAAGGUCUUACUGAUAGCAGAAGGGAUGAAUUCAAGGACAUGGGCGAUGCCAGUCCGUUGUUUAGGUGA